AUGUAUAAGAGAGCUUAUAGCGAAUCAGUAGUUCUAUCAAAGAAUUUAUACAGCAAGGAAAGUGUUAAAGAUACACACCAUAAACUAAAAACAAAUGAAGUUAUAGAAAAGACAGAAACAAAACUAGAAAAUGUUGUGGUUAGAAUCAGAAAGUUAGAUGAAAAUGAAAAGUCCACAUUACAUACAGAUCCAAAUGAUAAAACAGCAUUAUAUUUUGAUAAAGAUUUUGAAAUAGAAAAAUAUAAUUUCGAUAUAGUAUUUGAUGAAAAUGAUGAUAAUCAAACAAUAUUUAAUAAUAUAGGAGGACAUUUUAUUAUUAAUAAUGUAUGUAAUGGAUUUAAAGAAACCAUAAUUACUUAUGGACAAACUGGAAGUGGUAAAACAUACACAUUAUUUGGAUCUAAUAAAGAAUAUGGAAUCAUUUAUUAUUUUGUUCAUUAUUUAUACAAAUUAUGUAAUUCAAAAAAUAAAAAUAAAAAAAAAGCUAUUUAUUUAAGUAUUUAUGAAAUUUUGGGAGAUACACUUAUUGAUCUUAUAUCCAACCUCAAUGAAAAAAAUAUUGAAUUCUAUACGGAAGAAUACUAUCUCAAAACUAUAAGAUAUUCUUAUAAAGUUGUUAAUAUUCAAAAUUAUGAUAUAGCAAAAAAAAUCAUUGACAGUGCAUGUCUUUUAAGAAACGUUGAGGCUACAUCUCAAAAUAUGCGAUCAAGUAGGUCUCAUGCAAUAAUCCAAUUUUUUGUCAACAUCUCCGAUUGCACCUUACACAACGGCAUUGAAACUAUAAGAGAUUAUUACGGAGUUUUAACCUUAGUUGAUCUGGUUGGAUGUGAAAGAGAAGAAUUUAAUACAAAUAAGAAUGAACAUAGAAAUGAUAAAACAUCUAGCAAAUUUUUAAAUUCCUCCCUUACGUCACUAAACAAAAUGUUGAGAAAAAUGCAGAUGGGCAACCUUGAUGAGUCAGAUAAAAGACAAAGCGUUCUUUGCAAAGUUCUUUUUAAUUAUAUCCAGAAAACUUGUGGAGUUUGCUUAAUAUUUUGUUUUAAUCCAAAAAUCAGCCAAAAAAGUCUAACUAGUUCCACUUUAAUUAUGGCUAGCGAUUGCAAAAAAAUAAAAAGCAAAAGAAAACAACUGAUUUAUGUAAAAUCUGAAAACAAGGAGAGUUUUUUCAAAAAAAUAGCUAACGAUGAAUCAUCAAAGAAGGGUAAUAAUAAAGAAAACGAAAAAAAAUAUGAAGAAUCCAAUUGGGAAAAUUACAAUACGAUAAAAAAGAAUGUAGAAAAUGGGAAAGACAAAGAAGAGGAAAUGGAAAAGAAACAUUUAGAAAAUAUAACUAAUUUGGUAGAAGUAGAAGAAAAUAAAUAUUUAAGACUUGAAAACAAUUGUGCAAUAUUUCUUAUAUAUUUAAAUGAUGAUAAACAAGAAGAUGUAAUAAAUAUUUUAAAUAAAAAAAAAGAUAAUGGCAAAUUAACUUCUUUAAAGAAAAUAUUAUGUGAUGUUAUCAAUGAACAAUUAAAAGAAGAAAAAAAACGAAAAAAUGUAUUAGAACAAUUAAAAAGUGAUAAUUUGAAAUUGAAAAAUGAGAAUGAUUAUUGGAAGAAAGAAGCUUAUAAUUAUCAUAAUAAAUUAAAAAUAUUAAAUAAAAAUUAUUUAAAAAUGAAUGAGUUCCUUUUAAAAACAUUAAAUGCAAGUACAAAUGAUAAUAAUACUUCAUCAGAUUAUACUACGUCAUUAUUUUCCAAGUUGGAUGAGCAAAAAGUUAUAAAUGCUGAAAGACAAAAAAAUCAGCCACGAGGAAAAAAUGACAUGACUUUUUCUAGUCAUAAUAAUGAUAAUAUGAAUAAUAAUAUGAAUAAUAAUAUGAAUAAUAAUAUGAAUAAUAAUAUGAAUAAUAACAUGAAUAAUAACAUGAAUAAUAAUAUGAAUAAUAACAUGAAUAAUAAUAUGAAUAGUAACAUGAAUAAUAACAUGAAUAAUAAUAUGAAUAAUAAUAUGAAUAAUAAUGGUGAUAAUAUUAAUAAUAUCAAUAAUAUAAAUUAUAAUAAUAAUUAUCAUUAUAAUAAUCAGGUUGUUAAUACAUAUGCGCAACUCAAACAAAAGAAACAAUCUGUUCAAAAGAAAUCACAACAUGUUUUGAAUAAUAGCUCAAGUGAUAAAGACAAUUCUCAUAACUUGACAACUUAUUAUAAUGAGGAUCAUUUAUUAUUACAUAAGAAUAAUAUACAAUAUAAUGAAGAGAAAAACAAACAAAGAAAAGAAUAUUAUAAAGAAGUAAUAAAUAAUAAAGAAUCAAAUAUUAAUAAAUCGGAUGAGCAAAUGAAUAAUAGCAUAGAAGAUAACUUAAAAAAUCACAUACUUAAUAAUAUAAAUAAUGAAAAGAAUUAUGUAAAUGAUUAUAUAAAUAAUAAAAGUUAUCAAGAGGAAAUUCUUUACCCCAAUAAAGAAGAUAACAAAUAUAAAAGUGAAAAAAUUAUGUUACAUAAUAAUAUGAUAAAAGGAGAAAUCCAUAGAAAAAAAAAUAUUUAUGAGAAAUAUAAAGAAAACGAUGUUACAAAUAAUAUGGAAAUUGAAAUGAAAAAUAAAAAAAAAAUAAAUAAUUUCAAUUCUCAAAAUAUACAAAGAAAUUAUUCAAUGAAAGAAACUACUAAUAUGUUGUCUAUAGAUAAUAAUAUAAAUAAAAAAUAUUAUCAACAAAAUAAAAACAUUUCUCCUGAGAACACUACUCAUAUUAUAACAGACCAAUUGAAUUCAUUACAAAAAAAAAAAGAUACAACAAAAAAUAUUAUUCAUCCUUUAUCGAAUAAAGAUAAUAAAAUGUUAACAAAUAUUACUAUUGAUUCUUUAGCAACAAAAAUAAAAAAUAGACUCUUGAAAUCGAGAAGUUUGUCAAUAGCUAGGGAGAAUAAAAUGUGA